GCCUCUUUCUAAAUGUCUAUCGGCCAAUGAAUUUUAAGAAGAAUAAAAAGCUCCAAGUCUUUGUAUGGAUACACGGCGGGGCUUUGCUAUCUUUCUCAUCAAGCCCUGAUCAAUUUGGCCCUGAAUAUUUAAUGGACAAUGGGGAAGUUAUCCUUGUAACUCUGAACUACAGACUUGGCUUAUUCGGCUUCCUUUGCUCAGGAGAUGCAGCUGUGAAGGGAAAUUUUGGUUUGAAGGAUCAACAGUUGGCUCUAAAAUGGAUAGCAACUAACAUUGAGUAUUUUGGUGGUGACCAAAAGUCAAUAACCCUUGCUGGACAGAGUUCAGGAGCAGCUUCAAUUAAUUUACACAUGAUGAAUCUCGUAUCUCAAAACCUUUUUCAUCGGGUUAUUCUACAAAGUGGUACGGCUAUUAGUCCAUUCACUUAUCAGAUAGAUUUUGAGGCUCAAUUUCGUCAAGCAGCUGAGGGCAGUGGCCUGGAAAAUUGGCAGACAGCAUCAACAUUUGAAUUAGCUUAUCAACUUAAGCAGGUGAACGCUUUAACACUUGUCUUAGCAAUUGAUCAGCUAUUUGCCUACAUUGCCACACCUCCUGUACCACUGAGGCCUUGUAUAGAAGGAGACUGGGAAGGAGCUUUCCUGCGAGAGGAUCCUCGAAAAGUCUGGGCAGAAGGAAGAUUCGUUCAGAAACCAAUUUUAAUUGGAACGAACAGCAAUGAAGGAGCUCUCGGGGCUAUUUUAACGACUAACGCAACAUAUCUCCGAGGAUUCAAUGAUAACAUUUAUGAAUUUCUUCCAAGUCAGUUUGAUUUUCAUCCUAGAUAUGCAGCAGAAGUUAUGAAGUUUUAUUUUGGUGAGAAGGACUACAUUGAUGAUACAAAUGCUAAAGAUUACUACAGGAUGUACACCGACCGAUUAUUUACAUACCCUUUGAUUACUUUGGUACAACAAUAUUUAAAUUAUGCAGAUACUCAGGAAAAUCCGAUUUUUCUCUACGAGUUUAGUUUUAAAAGUUCUUACACGCUCUUGAGGACACUCACAGGAUUAGAUAUAAACUUAGGAGUAGCCCACAAUGACGAGUUAUUCUACCUCUUCACUAUGAAAGAAUUUAUUCCUGAAUUCGACACAACUUCUCCUGAAGGAAGAAUGGUGGACAUUUUUGUUCGAACUAUGGUUAAUUUUGCAGCUAGAGGAGAGAUCAAGGACUGGAGAAGGUUCAAACCUUGUACUCCUGCUACAUCAACACCUUCCUGCGAUCGUCAACUGUUCCUGAGAUUUAAAAAAGAGGAUCCAAACCAAGUUAUGGUCUCUGUGACGAAUGAAAUUGAUACAGAAAUGAUCAAAUUGUGGUCUAGAAUUGACAAUGGCAUCAAUGCAAUUGAGCUGAAUUGCAACUAAAACUUCUAAUUAAAUUUUAAAAGUAAUUUUAUACAGGAAUGGGAACUGUUGUGGUUUCUUUAUAAUUUUAGAGAGCUCUUAGGGUAAGAAUUUUUCAAACAUUUCAGACAAAUGUGCUUUUCUAGAACUGUUACUGUUAUCUCUUUUUAUUAAGCUAUAAAAUGCAUUGAACGUCUCAUUAAACUUGAAAAAAAAAGCAAAAA